UCUCCACUGAUUCACAGAACACAAGUAAAUGUUAUUAAUUGAACUUUUUUUUUCAUUAUUUACAUAAAUUUACAGUUGUGCCCUUUCCUCAUAACUUUUAUUCCUUCUUUUUUACUGUAUUAGGCAUGUUAAUGACAAACGCUCGCCCAAUGCCCACAUUAAAGAUGUAUUUUUCACAGAAUAUGAAUAUUUUUAUCAUGGACAAUAGACAUUUUAUUAACGCUGCUAAUUCCUUCUUGCCAUGUCUAUGCUCGACGAUUAUUUGUGAAUACUAAUCUUUUAAUAAUAUAACCAAGAUGUCUGAAGAGGAAUUGGUAGUUCAAUAUAUAAAUAACAGUUUAAUAUCAACGCAAGUGUCUGAAAAAGUGCAGAAUUUUUGCAGAAUUAAAGAACUUCUACUUCAUCGCACACCAAGUUUGCUUUCCAAAUAUCUUGUGAAUGUUUUGAAUUUUGCAACAGAAAAAAAUCCUGAAAUUAAAAAAUCUCUUGUCGGCUUUAUAGAAGAACUUUGUAAAGUCCGAGAGUCUUUAAUUCCAAAUGUUAUGGUCACACUUCACAUGCUUUUAUGUGAUGAAUCAAUAGCUGUACAAAAAAGAGUCAUUCAGGCUACAAUUACAAUAUAUCGGAGAACAUUGGCAUGGCUUUGUAAAGCGCCAAGUGUUACUGAAGAAAUGGAGAGGGGCUGGAAUCAGUUAAAUACCAUUAAACUAGAAAUUGCCAAUAUGAUUGAUAGCGACAAUGAUGGUAUAAGGACUAGCUCCGUUAAAUUUCUUGAGUGUGUUGUGCUUUUACAAACUUACCCAGAUGAGACAGAAAACAAGAAGUCUAAUGAUUUCUCUUUGGAUAAUAUUCCACUCACUUUAAAAAUUGCGAGGCGAAGAAAACUUGAAGAAGAGGCUAGCAAUCUUUUUGAAUUACUGGUUAAAUUUCAUGGUUCCCCUCACAUCAGCAGCGCCAACCUACUGGCUUGUAUAGGAGUAUUAACAAAUGUAGCAAAAAAUCGAGCUGCUUUUAUGGGCCGAGUUAUAGAGGCCAUUGAAUCCCUAUAUAACAAUUUACCACCGACUUUGACAACAACGCAAGUAAGCUCAGUUAAAAAGAAGCUAAAAACUGAAUUGGCUGCUUUAAUAAAACAUCCUGCAGCAUUUGAAUAUAUAUCUCGACUUACCCCUUUAUUAUUAGAUUUGGGUUAUUUGCAACAAGAUAUUAAUAAAAUGAUUCCUAAAGCAGAGGAAAGACGUAAAUAUCAAAGAAGAACUUUGUCUCUAGAAUCAUCGAUUGAGCAACUAAGCAAAAGACCUAGACUAGAGCAAGUAAGCUCUAUGGACUAUGAUGACACCAAUGAUAGCAAUUUUCCUUCAAUGACACCUCAGGAAGUAAAUGAAAAGUUUAUUAUGGAAAACUUAACAAUUGAAAAAGCAAUUUAUCUUAUUUUUACCAAUGUACCAAAGUUGCCCAACAUUAUGCCUGCUAGUUUUGUUAAGGAUUAUGGUAAAUAUGUGCUUAGUGGAAGAAUAGGAAGGGAAUAUCUUGCUGAAGCUUUAGCUGCCCAAUUUCUUGCUGCAAAAGUUGGUCCAGGUGCUGAUAUAAUUGUAGAGGAGAAAAUUGAAGAACUUAAAAAGGACAAUGAGCCUGCAGAAAAAGUAGUGCCAAAAAAAGAAAAAGUGAAAGUUCCUAAAAUAAAAUCUUUAAAACUGACAGAGGUAACUAAGCCCUUACCAAAAGAUAUAAAAGAAAAAUUGUUGGUGGGUUCAGUGAAGCGACUUUUACUUAUUGAUAAAACAAAAAGCAAUGGAUUGCAUCAAAAAAUUAUAACAACAUUGGCAUCCAGUUUUACUGCUACAGUGAGAGAAACAAUAUUAACAUAUUUAUUAUCAGAUCUGCGUUCAAAUAUAGACACAGUUUUAGCUUGGCUUUUUGAGGAAUAUAGUAUAAUGCAGGGUUUUACAAGAAUUCCACCACUGAGGAAAGGGGUAAGACCAGAUGAAUGUUAUAAUAUUCUAUUGUGUACUUUUAUUCAAUGUGCAUCUCAUGAUGUGUUGACUCUGUCUCGGUUAAUUUUGGAGGUUCCCAUGGUUACUGAAGAAGCUUUGGAAGAAAUAAAGCUUAUUUGUAGAGAUGAAAGAAGAUCUGCUUGGGUACUUGGUCUUUUAAGAGAUCUUAUUAUCAGAAAACCACCUAAGCAGCUGAUGUUUCUUAAUACUCUUUUAUUAUAUACUACAUAUGAAUCCAAUUCCAUUCGAGAUGCAGCAAUUGGGCACAUUUUAGACUUACAUAAGUAUUUUGAUUUAAGAUUGGUAAUAGAAGAAUUUGCAAAAAUGAAUUUGGAAUUUCUAAAGCUUCCCAAACCACCUCAAAGUUUGGGAGGAGAUAAUCAAGGUCGUAUAAAAAGUGAAUCUUGGAAUGAGGAUUUUAUAAAAGCAUCUGUUCUGCCAUAUGUCUCAUUAUUACCAGUUAAUCCUACUCUAAUUCAUGAAUUGACAAAAGUGUAUGUUGACACAAAUGCUGAAAUUAAACGGGUUAUAUUAAGAUUGAUUGAACAGCCAAUUAGAAACAUGGGGAUGGAUUGUUCUGAAUUAAUGAAGCUGGUUGAGGAGUGUCCUAAGGGAUCAGAGACAUUGGUGACGAGGGUUAUUCAUAUUUUAACAGAUCGAGGUACCCCAAGUGCAGAAUUGGUCUCAAAGGUAAGAGAUCUCUACAACAGUCGAAUUUCAGAUGUCAGGUUCUUAAUUCCCGUGUUAAGUGGUCUUUCCAAAAAAGAAAUUAUUUCUGCUUUGCCAAAAUUGAUAAAGCUAAACCCAGUGGUGGUGAGAGAAGUAUUUAAUAGGUUAUUAGGACUUCAUGGUGAAACCCCAAUCUCGCCUGUAGAAUUGCUGGUUUCAUUGCAUUUAAUUGAUAAUAAAUCAGCUGAUUUAAAGACAGUGAUAAAAGCUAUAUCUCUGUGUUUGCAAGAAAAGCAAGUCUAUACACAAGAAAUUUUGGCUGUUGUGCUCCAACAGUUAAUGGAUCAAAUUCCCUUGCCUACAUUACUAAUGAGAACUGUGAUACAGGCAUUGGGAAGUUAUCCAAGAUUGUCAGGUUUUGUGAUGAACAUUCUACAAAGACUCAUCCUAAAACAAGUCUGGAAGCAAAAAAUUGUUUGGGAGGGCUUUAUUAAAUGUUGCCAACGCACAAAACCACAAAGUUUCGCUGUGCUCAUGCAGUUGCCUCCUGCACAACUAACAGAAGUGUUAACAUCAUGUCCUGAUUUAGCAACUCCUCUUAGAGAUCAUUUGUCAACUUUUACAGAGGCUCAGAGGGUGCACAUCCCUGCUACUGUCCAAGAAGUUAUUUUGGGAUUUUAUAGUAAACCUUCUGGUCUUACAUCUGGAGUUGCCAGCAACGGCAAGGAAGCAGUUCUUUCCCAGUCUGAAACCAUAUCUCUAGAGACUCAUAGUAGUGUACCACCUUCUGCAUCUGCAUCUGCUGCAGAACCAUUACCUCCGGGAAUGGAAUAGAUGCAAAUGUCAUAUUUAGGUGCAUAAAGUGAAAUAAUUAACCACAAUAUUAAGAGAAAAUAAGACAUUUUUACCAUUUGAAGUUUUUUUAUGCUAUAUAUGUGUAUUUAGCUGUAAAAAGGUCUAUUCUAGAUAAGAUUGCUGGGAAAAGUUAGAAAACAAUUCUAUAAUUUUAGUUACAGAGAAUGUUUCUUUGUUAUUGAUAAAAAUAAUUUUGGAUGUAAAAAUAUAUGUAAUUUUUGAUAUAAGACUAGAGCUUUUUACUUUCUGUAUUAUUACAGUUCCUGUGGGUUGAUAUCAAUCCGUAUAAAUAAAAAGAAUUGAUAUCGAGGGAGUUAUUUGGGUGAGAAUAUGUUAUGGAAUGAUUACUAACUCUAAAUUAUAUAUCAAAAAUCUUGUCGCGAAACACAAAAGUGAAGUAUCCGUAACCUUUCUGAUUUUUAGUUUUGUCCUCAUACACAUACAUAUUCAUUUAUAAUUCCCAGCUCUAGGUAUAGGUAACAAAUAGUAUAUUAUGCAACAGGUGCGGUAAACGGCAUUUGACUCACGAGUUUAUUUGACA